UUCACCCUUACAGCGAAAGGUUCACGCAAGCCAGACCUUACUACAUCCAUAAAAUUCUGCCAUUACCACUCAACACAUCAUGGACCCCUGUAUUUAAACCCAUCGGAUAUAGCCACUUUCUGUGAACCGCCGAAAUAUGGACUGGACCGCCCGAUUACGACCUUUGGGCAUUGCAACACUCACUGCAUUUCUUUGUUUUGUCACUGCCGCUGUCAAACCAUGGGCGCGGAUAUGCGGGGAAUGGGGCUUUCUUGUCUAUACAUCUUCAUUGAUUUUCUUUUUCCCUCAAGGUCGUAUUGGCCCACAAAUCGAAGCAACAGUGCUCGGCAUAGCUGGAGGUACAAUAGGAAUUGGAUGGUCGAACGGAACACUAGCAGUGGCCGCCUGGUGUGGACGGCGGUACGGUGCUGAUUCUAACCAAGCCAGGGCCAUUCUGGGCGUCGGGUUAGCCCUUUUGUGUAUUGCUUCCGGUCUUGUAAGAAGCUAUGCAAGGCGCCUCAAUGCAUUUAGCAAAAUCAUGGUGUUCUUUCCUAUUUUCAUGCUUACCAGUCAGCAAUCUAUUCUACAUAUGUCAGCAUCAUUGUUUCUUGAACAAUUUUAUGUGGUCGUUUUUUCUGGCAUCUUGCCACUUUUGGUUACCGUGGUUUUUGCGCCUCAUCAUUCGUUAUCUCAUCAGUUUGGAUCCGAGGUCAAAGAGUCCAUCAAAAAUAUCUGUAUAUUACUACCUCUAUCAUUCCAUCAUAUAUUCGGUGAUGGCUCUUUGCCCGCAACAGAAGACGGUGACUCGGAAUCCCCAACAAGUGCCAAGAGAAUUGAGGCACAAAUGCAGGAUAUCCGCCCUCCAACGCAGGAUCAACUUGCAAAAAAGCUCAAAACCACUAUCUCCAACCUUCAGUCUUCUAGUGCAUCUUAUUUAAGAACAACACCCCGGGUAGAGGGGCAAUUUUCUGCACUUCCUGCCGUAAUAAAAGCCCUCCAGCGUAUGGCCCGAAAUCCACUUUUAGGCCCCACUAGUCAUAUCCCCGGCGAACGAAUCCAAGCGGCCUUGCACAAAUCUUUCCCUCCCAGCGCACCCCCGUCACCCCAUCACCGUCGCAAAAGCUUCAACCACUUCCGUCAUAAACACAGUGACUCCGCCUCUUCUGAAGUUGACCUGAAUAUGGAAAACUUGACUAGACGAAAACCCCGGCAUUUGGCCAAUUAUAAUCAUCCAAGAGAUGUUAGUCCUAACCUCGCCUUGUCAAGCAGGCCCGGGCUAAAAGAUAGGAGCGAUCGGCUCUUGUUGGUUAUGGUAAAAGCUCUACAUUCCAUCGACCAAGUGCUGCCUAGCAAGUUUGGCUGGUCUGUGGUCACCCCCGCAGAAGGGGAGGCGGACGUAGUUUCCUCUCGAAACUUGCAGGAGUGGAAACGAUCUCUUGAAGAAGAAUUGCUUCAUAUCCAACGAACUCUCGGAUCUUUGCUUGGUGACGUUGAUCCUGAUCAAUCUGGGCGCUUCAGCCUCACAAAUACUUCCGAUAUUCCGCCCAGUCGUGUGGAUAGCCCGGUAGAACAUCGUGUUACCUUUUCUGAGACGCCCGAAGUAAAAAGCGUACUUCAUAAUCGCGAUCGAUACCGUCUCGCGUUCUAUAUGACAGCUCUCCUUGAUUUAGCGAGAGAUGUGCAGAGUUUAACGGAGACGAUUUUGAACGCUCCAGACUACAAAAGACCCUCAAAUGUUUGGCUUGCCUCAUUGCGUCUGUUGUGGGUCAAUCGUCAAGAUGACGUUACUGUUGCGGCAGAUGGCAAAAGCGUAGAGAAUGAUCUGGUGUCUGAGGAAGAGCAGCCCUUUGAUGAGCUCAAAGAGUAUCAAGACAUGGAUUUUGUUACCGCCAUGCUUCACCAAUCUCAUUCAGCAUCUUCGAUUACUGGACCAAAAUAUAGCAUCCAAAGAGCGUGGAAGUUAUUGUGGAACCAACGUAGAGUCGUCAAGGCUCGUAUUACCUUAUCACGCGCAAUGCACACCAUCAAACACUCACGACACGUCCUAUUCAGCAUCAAACUAGCGGCUGGGAUCUGUCUUCUAUCUGUCCCUGCUUGGAUGCCUGCAGAUAAUUCAGCCCGGCAUUGGUAUGAUACCUCUCGAGGAGGAUGGAUGGUUGUCAGUUAUAUGUUUGUACUGGAAGAUACCACUGGUGCAAUUCUGAAAGUGGGAUUUCUUCGAGGUCUGGGGACCUUUAUUGGUGCUAUCAUGGGUUAUGUUUGCGUUGUCAUUGCCAAGAGAAAUGCGUAUGGUCUUGUGGUCCUCGCCACAGCUUGCUCAGUCCCCAUAUCAUACAAUGUCUUAUUUGCUUCGUUACCGGGCCUCGGAGUCGCAACCGGCAUCACUCUUCCUCCCAUUCUGUUCAUCCCAUAUCUCGGCCUGGCAGAAGGUCAAUCUGAUUUCUACUUAGCUUGGAACAGAUUCGUCGACAUCAUGAUCGGUACUGCCGCCGCAGUUUUGGUAGGCACCUGGAUCUGGCCUGUGCACGCUAGAGUCCAAUAUUUCCGAGUUGCGGCCAGCAUGUUAACACAUCUGACGGAAUACUAUCUUCGUAUGAGCCGAGAUCUGGUGCGGUCGUCGCUCGUUUACUACGCAGAUGACAAACAAUACGAGCAACUAGAAGCCAAACUCAAGCGGGACUUUCAAUUGGGGCGUGCUUUGGUGGCAGUCCAAAGGCAAGAAGUUUCUCUUCUCCCCCGGCCAAUCAAGUUAUACUCCGAAAUCAUCGAUGCUAGCGAACGUUUAUUGGAGAUUCUUAUUGAGACACGGAUUUUACGAUUUGGUGUACCGAGAAAAGAGACCGUUCUUGAUGUGUUGCCUAUCCGGAGAGAGCUGAUAUCAACUGUAUUGAUUAAUCUCUGGUCUUGCAGUCAUGCCUUUGGUUCUCGAAGCCCUCUCCUGCAAUUCUUGCCUUCUCCUCGUAUUCCUUUGUCAGAACUCAUGGAUGUGACAGAGGAGCAUGCCAGACAUCUAUUGGCCUUGCGGAAACAAGCUACGAACGGCAGCGCAGGAAACGGGGGUACCGUGCAAGCCCCCGGGGUUCCGUCCUUGACCGAAUCUUAUCAGGCGGAGCUGGCAGUCGUGUAUGGGAUGGCGGAAAAUGAAGCAUUGGGAGAAGUGUGCAGCAUUCUAGAAGAACUUGUCGCAGCCGCUAGAACACUGUUUGGGACUCAGGCUUUUUUACAAACUUCUUAGUGGUCGAGUGUUAUAUAAUGCAGUCUCGUUAUAAUUCAGCUACGCUUCUAACAACAAUGCAUUCAUGAA